AUGGCGGCUCAAGUUGCGAAAUAUUCUUUUCUUCCUGAACUUCAUAUAGCUCUAGAGACCCGGGAUUUCCACGCAAGUAGUACACUGUACAACACGCUCGUUGAUAACUCCGACCAGCCCCCCGUUUCUAAAGAAAAUAUUAUAGACCUGGCGGAAAUGUUCGUCCGUCAUAAUGCCGAUAAGGUUCUUAGGAUUCACUUGAUCCACGGCCACUUCAAGAUUCCUAAGAAUACCGUCAUGCUUAGGUCCAACUUCGAAAGCCCUUCCCUUCGCUGGACUAAAGUCACCGAUAUUGACAAGAUCGAACCCUCACGUGUCUAUAGACAUAUAUUCGCCCUAACUAAGGACGGGCUGUGCGCUUAUGAGCUACAGGAUGGGCCUCUUCCUGACCUGUCUAGUGUUGGUCUAGGUUUUCUUGACGAGUUCAUUAACUACAUUGUCAAGAAGAAUCUUACAGGUCUCAUUAGUCUCUAA